UAAUUAGAUUGCCUUUUUUAUUUUGAAAAAUAUAAAAAAUACUAAUAAAAAAACCUAGAUUGCCUUAUUAGGGUUACAUAUAAAAGCGUUAGUCAGAAGCGGCAAAACCCACAGUCAGAAUAAACCCACACCAUCAGAAGACGACGAAGCCAUGGCUUCUUCAGAAAAUAAGAAAUGCGGCGUUUGCAACGGAAGCCUAACAAACCAAGCCACAUUCACAGCUGCAUGCUCCCACUCAUUCCACUUCAUUUGCAUUCGCAACACUUUUGCUAAUAAUGCCAAUCAUUUACCAGUUUGCCCUCUCUGCCAACCGAUUUCCAAUACGAUUAACGUUCUUCAGAAUAACAUAUACAAGUCCUCAUCUGUACUCGAACAAGAGCCCCUUCAAUUCUCCGACGACGACCCCCUUCUAGAAGCUUCUCCUCCUUCUUCUUCGACCGUCGGCUUACAGAAAGUGACUAUCAAGGCCAUACCCGAGCGCCCUGCUGUCGCCGCUUCGGAAUCCGUACCUCAAUUCACGGUCCUGAUCGGGCUUAAGGCUCCCCCGUUAUUGGACGAUUUCCGUGCCCCGAUCGACCUUGUCACGGUUCUUGAUGUCAGCGGCAGCAUGAGCGGAGAGAAGUUGAGCCUCGUAAAGCAUGCCGUGCAUUUCGUGAUUGAUCAAUUGGGCCCGCGUGAUAGGCUCUCGGUGGUAUCAUUUUCCAGUCGAGCCCAGAGAGUGUUCUGUCUGCGCGGGAUGACGGAGAGCGGGCGGAGAGAUGCUAAGCUCGCCGUGGAUUGGCUCUGGGCGACCGGCGCGGCACGAGUAUAGGUGAGGGC